GCCAAGUAAUGCUGUCAUGCCGUGAAUGCGCAGCAUCAAUAAAGCUUUGAAGGCACGAGGCGACACAUCUUCAGAACGAGGCUGACGACUUGGAAACUACCCUCUCUAUCGCACACUAUCCGAUUGAAUCCAGAAAUACCACAAAUAUGAGCUCGUCCUUAGGUCUUCCCCAGUCAGACGAAUUUGGCGACCCAACGCCAUCUGGUCUCACUCCAAACACGCGUUCGGAAGCCGAGACAAUCUUCUUCCAGAAUGCGACCAAGCAGACCGAAUCGGCAGCGCCAGAUUCAUCGAUCGCUACCGAUGAAGCCCGCGCGGCAUACCGCCGACCUGGUGUAGUCCGCACCAGCUCCGCCAACUACGAGAGGGCCCUGAAGAUGGCAGGCGCACAGAGCUCUGCUUCAUCGGACCUUGCGACACAAACAGAGUUGCCCGAGAACAUCACUGGUAGCACGCAAGUUGCGUCGCCAACGCAGUCAUCCCCGUUUCCCGCACCGGGACAAGGCGUAGUUCCCGACUACAGCGCAGUCGGUCUCGCUCGAGGUGACUCUCUUAAAAAGUCCCGAUCACGGGGUCUUAGUCUCGGCGCUCUUGCCCAGCAGCAAACCUGGAAUGAGCAAGAGCAUAAGAGGUUGUACAAUGCGGAUCUCAUGACUGAGGUCAGAGGCAACCAAGGCUACGAUUCGGUUGCUGAGAACAAGUCCUAGUCAUAGGGGCUACUUCCUCGCAUAUAUGCCUUGUCAACAUUCCUUUGUGGCGUCAUGUUCCUGUCAGUUUGGGUCCAUCUUUCUGUGUUGCUCUCAGGUCCUUAAGUCUUCAUGUGUAUGGCGUUGGGCGCCACUCAGGGCCGUAUAACAAAAGCUGCAGGACGGCAUCGGCACGUGUCUGAAGAUUUACUCUACUUUGUAAACCAUAAGCCAUCCCAUCGCCAUGACUUCAUCGGUGC